AUCGAGCUGGUAUACAAGCUAAGACUAAAAUGGCAAAGGCUGUGAGAAGAUGGGAAGUGUUUCCCGGUAAAAAUAAGUUUUAUUGUAAUGGAAGGAUUAUGAUGGCGAGGCAGGCCGGUGUGUUUUAUCUGACUUGUGCUUUGAUCAUCGUCACCAGUGGACUUUUCUUCGCUUUCGACUGUGUUUACUUAGCUCAGAAUGUCACACCAACAAUCCCUGCUAUUGGUGGUGCUCUCUUCAUCUUUGUCAUGGCAACUUUGCUGCGGACAAGCUUCAGUGACCCCGGUGUCAUCCCCAGGGCAUCCACGGAUGAGGCUGCAGAGAUGGAGAGACAGCAAGCUGUCAACUCCAGCCCCCCUGGGAGUUACCGACCCCCACCAAGAACAAAAGAGGUUGUAAUAAAAGGCCAGGUGAUUAAACUGAAAUACUGCUUUACCUGCAAGAUAUUCAGACCUCCCAGGGCCUCACACUGCAGCUUGUGUGACAACUGUGUGGAAAGAUUUGAUCAUCAUUGUCCUUGGGUGGGCAACUGUGUUGGUCGAAGGAACUACCGAUAUUUUUACCUCUUCAUUCUGUCAUUAUCACUUUUGUGCAUAUACAUCUUCGCUUGCGCACUGACAAACCUCAUCUUAC